AUGGACACAGGAAUGAUUGUGAGAGUGGUGAGAUCGGCAAUCACUCGAGUGUCGGGAGAAGAACCACCAAAUGAAGAGAAACCACCGCGCGUGGCAAUGGUGGUUGAUGUGGCCGACGCGAAUUUUAUCGGAGGAUUCAUUCCCGCGAUUGUCGAGAAACAGAAACAUCCAUAUUCUCGACCCGAAUUCCUAUAUUUCACCGAAGAGGAGACAGCUCUCUCAGCCGAUCAAUCGGUGAGGCCAGUAAUUUGUGCAAAACAACCCGAGAAAAUGCCGUUAAUGGCUGGAUAUGCUGAAGUGAUAAAUGCUGGAAAAACAUUCGAAAAUGAGGAUCAAGCUUGUGCAAAGGUGCUGAAUCUCUCACAGCAAGGAACGGAGGCAGAAGAGGCUCGCGAUGAAAUUGGACCAAGCAAUAGGCGAGUCGGCGCUUUAAGGAGACCGUCCGAUGAGGAUGCUCUUAUGGGAGUUGAUGUUGAUUCAAGCACGGACGCAAGUGGAGAUGGCCAAAUCAGAGCUGAGGCUGUUCUUUUUGGCCUUUAUGAUGGACAUGCUGGCAGUGGUGCGGCUCUUAUGGCAGCAAAAUGUCUUCAUGAGCAUGUUAAGUCUCGUCUUUGUGAGGUACUCGAAAUGAUUCUCCACCUUGAUCGGCAAGAGAGUUACGUUCUGGCAAGGCGAAAAUCCGAAUCCGCUUACACAGGAAGUGAGAGCAGUUCAUCGACAUCAUUUCCUCGAAUUACAUCGGAUUCACUUGUAAUUGGAGCACUCGAAGCAGCUUUUGUUGAUAUGGAUGAUCAAAUAGCCGAAGAAAAACAAACAUGGAAGAUCCCGGGUGGAUGUGCAACACUUUGUGUGCUAGUAUUUCUAGGUAAAGUUUAUGUAGCGAAUGCGGGUGAUUGUCGAGCUGUGUUAGUAACAAGUGAUGGAGUACGACAAAUGAGUCGCGAUCACACACCGGCCACAGAACGGAAAAGAUUGCAGACAUUGGCUUACCGACAACCAGAAUUGAUUGGAUCAUCUUUUUCUCGUUUAGAAUAUUCAAGAUCAUUAACGAAAAAGGAUUUGAAGAGAAAAGUUCUCUAUAGAGAUUGGUUUAUGGAUGGAUGGGCUUCAAAAAUUGUUCGCGAUGUUGACCUUCGACCACCAAUGAUAUCUGAUCGAUUGAAAAAAAAACGUCUAUUGCAUACAAUUGGAGUGAGUCGAGGCCUAGGAGAUCACCAUUUAUUGACAGCUGAUGAUAAACUGGCUAUCAAACCAUUUCUCUCACCAGUGCCUGAAGUACAAGUUUUGUCAAUUCGAUCUCUUGCUUCUGUUUCUUCAUUGGAUGUUUUGAUUAUUGCAUCGGAUGGAUUAUGGGAUGUAUUGACAAAUGAAGAUGCGGCAAGAAUUGUUCGAUCAUCACUUUCUUCAUUUGAUGAAGGGGAUCCAUCGAGAUACACUCAAGCUGCUCAAGAACUCGUAGCGAUGGCGCGUGGAAAUCCGGGAGAUCACUACAGAUGGACUUUGAAUGUGGGCGGACCGGCGAGUACAGAUGAUAUCUCGGCUUUUGUCAUUCCUCUCAAGUACGCACUUGCUCCAUUACAAAAUGGAGACGAUGAAGAAGAUGAUGAAUUGCUUUCUUUGGAUAGC